UGGCCACCCGAGGGGCCCUGCUCCCCCCCCCCCCCGCACGCUCCCCCUCAAGCCUGCUCACGCACCGCCUGCCAGCGAACCAACAAAAUGGCCACGGCUCGGCUCCUCGCGCCCGGCUCUUAAAGGAGCCGCAGCACCUCAGGCCUCGCGUGGGGAGGAGGAGAAGCUGGUGGUCGCCCGGCGGAGGGAGGACGGGAACGCGAGGGAGCGGGGCGCCGCGAGCCGGGGCUUUCACGAGAGGUCUCCGGGAACCCGGUCCGUCCUGGCGGCGGCAGCGGGGCGCAAGCCGUGAACGGCGUUACCAUGUCAACGCAGAUAUUGGUCAUAUGAUAGCCUGCAUCUUCUGCAAUGAAAAAGGGCUCAGUACAAAAAGCAUUAAGUAUGGAAAUGCAGGUGUCGGCUUCUCGGUCACCUAGUCCAAUGUCUACCGUCAGUUCAAGUACCAGAUCGCCAUCAUCUCUUAGUCGACAGGCAUCUCCAUCUACUCGCAAAAGCAGGGACCGGAGACAUCAACAACUUGACAUUUCAGCAAGAAAUAUAGAAACUGCUUUUGAAAAUCAGUCUCGUGAAGGUGAAAAUGGUGUUAAUCCAGGAAUUAGGUACAUUACAGAAUCCCUUAUAAAAGGUCUGUCAAAACAGGAAAAUUUGGCAUGUAUAAGCUCAUUGAAUCUUUCUUUUGCAAAGGAUGGAGACAAGAAAUUUAAGUACAUAGAAAAUUUGGAAAAGUGCUCUAAACUAGAGACACUAAAUAUCAGUAACAACCAAAUAGAGAAGAUGGAGAAGCUGGAUAAACUGUUGAAGUUGCGUGAACUCAAUUUGUCUUACAAUAAAAUCAGUAAAAUUGAAGGUAUAGAACAUAUGCAGAACCUACAAAAGCUGAACCUUGCAGGGAAUGAGAUUGAGCAUAUUCCUUUGUGGGUAGGAAAGAAAUUGAGAUCCCUGCGCAUGCUUAAUUUGGAACAAAAUAAAUUAUCAUCACUCCAUGAUAUAGCUAAGCUAAAGCCUCUACAAGAUCUGACUUCUCUAUUCCUUGCUGAUAAUUCAGUUGUAAGUCUGCCUCACUUUCGCUUGUACACCAUAUUCCAUUUGCGAGCACUGGAAAGCUUGGAAGGACGGCCAGUGACAAAUCAUGACAGGCAGGAAGCUCUAGAGAGAUUUAAUUUGGAAGAAAUAGAAAAAUUAGAAAAAGAGUUGGAAAACACAGUAAAGGAGGUGGAAAACCUUAAAAUGAAACAGUCCCAAGUACUUGAGCAGCUUCACCAUCAAGAUGAGGUGAAUAAAUCAUUAAAAGAAAAGACUUUGCAACAGAAACAAAGCUAUGAAAAUCUACAGAGGGAUCUGGACACCAAAAAUGAAUUGCUGAUAUCUUGGUUUGUCACAGUUCCCUUUCUACAGAGCCUUUAUUCCUCACUGAAGCUAAAGCAGAAAACAGUGGAGCUAACACGAGCUUGCCAGAAACAGUAUGAAUUGGAGCAGGAACUGGCAUUUUAUAAGAUUGAUGCAAAAUUUGAGCCAUUAAGUUAUUUUCCAUCAGAGGAUGUUGAACUCGAUGAUGUACCUGGUGAAAGUCCAUAUAUUGGUAAGGCCAGAUACAAAAGAAAUAUGUUUGUAAGAGAGGGUUACAUUGGUAAUAAAGCCCAGCAGAUGAAGAUUGGAAAAAUACAACUAGAUGAAGAUGAUUUGUACAGGAACCCCCAGCUAAAACUGCAGCUUCAAACUCUAGAUGAACAACUGAAAGAUAAAGAAAUAAAGAUUAAUUCAGCACGAAGAAGAUUAGAAGAACUGCAAAGUGCAAUAACAAAUGCAGAGCAACAAGUCUUGAAAGUAACAGAGGAACUACAACAAGUGGAAGAUGCUCUUGCUCAGAAAAAAAUAUCAGAGGCCAAGAAGGAAGAUCUUGAACAGCAUUUGAGUAACAAGAUACAAAUCCUGCAUCAGCUACGCAAGGAAGCUUUAGAACUGGAAAAACAGAUAGAGAAAGAGAAAAGAGAAAUAGGGAAAAAGCAGAAAGAGCUUGAAGACUUGCAGAGUUUUCUUGCUUCUCUAAAUCCUAAAGAUCCAAGACAUGUACACAUGAAAGCUCAAAAAACAAGCAAAGAGCAGCAGCUUGAUAUAAUGAACAAACAUUACAAACAACUUGAGAGUCGCCUGGAUGAAAUGCUUUCUAGAAUUGCUAAGGAAACUGAGGAAAUCAAGGACUUGGAGCAACAGCUCACUGAUGGUCAAAUAGCAACAAAUGAAGCCCUCAAAAGGGAUUUAGAAGGUAUUAUCAUUGGAUUACAAGAAUACCUUGCAAGUGUGAAGGGUCAGGCAAAACAGGCCAGUGAUGAAUGUAAGGAAUUGCAAAAGGAUAAGGAAUCUUUGUUACAGAGACUGGCAGAGCUAGAGGAGGAAAGAAACAACCUGAAAAUAGUUGCCAUGGAUGCAGAAAAUAUGAGAAAAGAAAUUGCAAUGCUGGAAGGUGUACUCCAAGAGCAACGAGAAAUAAAUGAAUCACUUAGAGACGCACAAGGGGACAUCAGUGCCUAUGAGGCUGAACUGGAAGCCCAGUUAAGAGACAGAGACACUGAAGCCAAUCAGCAAAAGGAAGAGUUGGAAAGACUAAAGCAACGUAGCCAGAUGGAACGAUCAGCCCUGCAAGCUGAACUUGAAAAAGAAAGACAAGCAUUAGAGAAUGCUCUGACCAAAGCACAAAUAGCAGAAGAGAAGGAAGAAGAAAACUAUAAACUCCUUUCUCAGUUCAAACAAUUGCAGGGAGACAAUAACGUCCUGAAACAACAGCUUCAAGAUCUUCAAAAUCAGCUAAACCAUGCAGUUAGUAACUUAAUUCAUCCUGAGGAAGUUCUAGCUCGUAUAAACGAACUCAAACAAAAGCUUCAGACAGGAGUUGGAGAGAUUAAAUGUCAUAAUUCAGCCGAUGUUUUAGGAAAAAGCCUUGCAAAUUUGCAGAAGGAAUUUAAUAACAUCCUCGCCGAUGCACAGAGAGAAAGAGAGAAAGCAUGGGCUAGAGAGAGAAAAUUGCAGGAAGAAAUGGUAUCUCAACAGGAUAAGCUGGAAGAUGUACAGGAAAAAUAUAGACAGGUUAAAUCUGAAAACAGGCAGAAUGAGAACAAGGUCCAGCAGUUAGAAAAUGAAAUUCAACAUUUACAUGAAAAAAUAAAGGGCAUGGAAGAAAUUCAGGGCCUUGCUGAUCAACAGCUCCAAGAAGCAGAUGAGGAAAAAGAGACUAUUCUUGCGCAACUGGAAGACUUAGAGAAAAAGAAAAAAAUAGAUGAUGCCAGGGCAGAAAUGCAAUUUGUCAGUCUAGACAAAGAACUGAAGAAAUUAAAGAGAGCGAUCAUAACUUCGGAUAAACUGGCAGCCACAGAGCUCUCCAUUGCUAAAAAUCAGCUAAAGGCUCUUCAUGGUACUGUUCUCAGAAUUAAUCAGGAACGGGCUGAGGAGUUCGAGGAAGCUGAAGAGUUCUAUAUUCAGGCAGCUCAGGCAGCUCGAGAUCUUGCCCGAGCAGAAGCAGAAAUAGAAUUGUUACAACAACUCCUGAAAGACAAGGAAGAACAAUGUCAGCAUGAAAUGGGAAAAGCCAGUGAUAAGACUGAGUCAAUCUCUGAGAAGUUUGAAAUUGAUAAAUUAAAUGGAGCUAUGAAGCAACAGAAAGCAGAAAUUGACCGUUUAAGGUGGUUGCUGGACAACAUCAGGACAGGUAACAAGGAUGAAAUUGAUAACUUACAAGAUGAAAUUGCAGCACUCAGAAAUGUACUUUCUUACCAGAAUGAUUACAUCACUAGUAUAACAGAUCCAUUCAAAAGAAGGGGAUACUGGUAUUACGUGCCAUCAUCACAGGCCUCAACUCCUGCUUCUCACAGCACAAAAGAUUCUGGAGUUGGUUUACUGUGUUCUGGCACAUCCCCACCCAAAAAAGGGCAUGUUCAGAACAAGCAAAUCAGGAAGGAAGACUUGCCUAGUCCAAAAGGAUGUUGGAUUUAUUCACCAGUCAGAACCAGGUUGUACAAAACAAAUUCUGCUAAAGAGAGAAGAGAGAAAGAUGAUGCUGGAAGAAAUGAAGAAAUUUAUGCUUCAAAAGACCCUCCCUUUGUACCACCACCUGGUACAGUUAUUUACACGGUCCUUCCAGAUGGUGCCCCUGUACCUCAGGGAACUGUGGUUUAUGGCCCUCCUCCUUCUGCACCAGCAAAUGGAGGUUCAGUUGCUCCUGGAACAGUUAUCUAUGGCCCACCUCCUGUGGGAGCCCAGGUUGUUUGUGGCCCUCUUCCUGCUAAUUUCUCUGUCCCACUCAUUCCUGUUGGAGUGCUUCACUGCAAUGUGCCUGAACAUCAUGAAUUGGAGAAUGAAGUUUCCAGGCUAGAAGACAUUGUGUAUCAUUUAAAGUCUCGGAAAUAUGGAGAUAGAUGGUCAGGGGAAGCUGUCCAUGAAUACAGGAAAGAGGUGGAAAAAUUACAUCAAAACAUUGAAGAUCUGGUACAUGAAAGAGAGGAGCUGGAAUGUGAAGUAGCAGAGCUACGAAGAGCAGCUCAGAAACAUAACAGACGGAAGGACUUUAUUGACGGGCACACUGAUAAUCUAAUAGCAGAAUUACAGUUAGAAAAAUCUCUUAAACAUCAUGAAGAUGUUACAAGUGAAAUUGAAUGUAUAGAGAAGACACUUCUGAAACGACGAGCAGAGCUUAGAGAAGCAGACAGGCUACUUGCAGAAGCUGAAAUAGAACUUGAGAGCACACGGGGAAAGACCAAAGAUACUAUUCAAAAGUACAAUCAUGCGAAACAGCAUUUGUUCCGUACUGAAACUGAGGCAGAGGAGCUAGAGCGAAGGGCUCAGGAAGUGGCUGUUAAACUUGUGAAAGCAGAUCAGCAAUUAAGGAUAUUACAGGCAGAUACAAGGGAUUUAGAACAGCAUAAGAUUGAACAAGAAGUUAUCUUGAAGGAAAUCAACAAAGUGGUGUCUGCAAGAGAUUCUGAGUUCCAGUCAUUAAACCAGAAGAUAGAAAUGCUGACUGAAAGUCUUCAGAAACUUCAAGGAGAUAUUCAAGUUGCAGAAGGUAGUGAAGAACAUCACCUCCAAGUCCUUAGAGAAGCAGAAAAUAUUCUUCAAGGCAAGAAAACUGAACUGGAAAGACUGAAAGAUCAAAUUACUGCUCAGCAACAAGAGUUGCUUCUUCUGGAGCAACAGCUGAGUCAAAGAAAAGAGGAGCUGAAUGUCCUUCAGGAUUGUAUUUCUCAAAAGAAAAGUGAUCUUAAAGAAGCUCUUCGAGAUGGGGAGACUGAAGCAAAUGAAAAACGACGCCAAAUAAGAGAAAUAAGAUCUCUUCUGGAAGAGCUGAAUGUUGAGAGGAAAGAACUAGAUGUCCAGAUUAACGAGAAAAGAGCACAGCUUUUCUUCAUAAAGAAGGAUAUUGGAAAAGAAGAGGAAAAUCUUGAAGGAAUACUUGGGCAAAUUACCAAGCAUAAGAUGGAACUGAAACAUGUUCUGGAAAUGCUGCAGCUUGAAAAUAAUGAACUUCAAGGUCUGAAACUACAACAUGACCAAAAGGUCAAUGAACUAGAAAAGAUUCAAGUUGCAGUUCUAGAAGAAAAACUAGAACUGGAGAAUAUUCAGCGAUUAUUUCAGUGUCAGCAAGGAGAAGCAGAUUGGCAGAAACAACGACUUGAGAAAGACCGUCAAGAAAAUGAACACCUGGUUUCUCAAAUGCACACUCUGCGAAAUAACAUUGAAUCUUUGAAUAAAGAAAAGCAAAAGCUUGAAGAAGGCUGUCAGAGUUUGGAAGACAAGUUGUCACAAACUAGAAGAGAUUUGACUGCUACUGAAGAUAGCAGCAGAACUGCAUUGUCCAAUAUAGAGAAGAUGGAAAUGGAUGUAAAAAAACUGCAGCAGGAGAUAGAUCUACUAAACAAGCACAAAAAAUCACUGAGUGAAGACAUCAUUGUAACACAGAAGCAUCUUCAAGGAAAAAAGGAAGAAUUGGAAACUUUGAAAGGAGAAUUAAAUGACUCCAGACAACAACUUCAGCUGCUUGAACAGGACUUGAAAAAUAAUACAAGGCAUCAGGAUGAAUUGCUUAGAGAGCAGGCGACCCUGAAAGAAGAAAUCCUGGAAUGUUUGAAGAAACGUAAGGAUUGCCAAGAGAGACAGAAAAAGAGGGAGAACCAAUUGCAGCAGCUUCAGAAAGAGAUUCAAGAGAAGGAGACAGAACUAGCCCAACAAGAAGCGAUUCUUCAUCGCCUCAAGCAAGAUUCAGAGUAUGAAGGAAAAAAAAUGGAAGAAUGUACUGCUAAACUGCAAGAUCAGAAACUGCUAUUGGAAAAGGAGCUAACAGAUCAACAAAAAAAAUUGGAACAGGCAACAGCAAAAGUAAGACUGGCAGAAGAAAAGAUCAGGAAGCUGGAAAAGGAAGAAUCCUGGUGUGCAACACUUGAAGAAACAGUCAGAAAAAGCAAACAUCAGGUCUCAGAAAAAGAAUUACAGUUACAACAAAAGAAUAGAGAAAUUGCAUCUCUUCAAAAAGAACUGGAACUUUCAAAGUCUGAGCUAAAACAUCUCCAAGAUCAGCUAGCAUCAGAGAGGAAAAAAGCACAAAAGCAAAUCUUGAGUCUGAAAGAAGCAAUCAAAAUGCAGAGGACCCAGCUGGAAAAAGAACUGCAUGAAAAAAAGUAUGAAAAUAACUGUUUGCAGAAUGACAUAGCAGCUGUUGAACAAGUAGCACACAGUAACCAUGAACGAGCAAAACGCCUCAUUAAGGAGCUUGGCCUAAUCCAACGGGACUACAUGGAUCUCCAAACACAGGUUAAAACUCAAGCAGACCUGAAAAGUAGACAAAAGGAAAUAAAGGAUGCAGCAAAGAUGCUUAAGCUAGAGACUGAAGAUGAAAUUAGUACAGGGCUUAAAUCUUUAAGCCCAUCAUCACCAGAACUCCUAGAACAUCUGGAAGCAGCUUUUGAAGUACAGGAAAGUCUGCGUGAUAAAUCAGAUAACUUAGAGGAGACUGGUCCAUUUGCAGCUACUGACAAAAGACUACUCUCACAGGAAGAAAAGCUCAAUUUUUCUAAAGUCUUCUUAAUGGAUGAACAGUGGCGUGGAGAAGCUCUCCGAGAAAAACUGCAGCAUCAUGAAGAUCGGUUGAAGGCUCAACUCCGGCAAUGCAUGUCCAAGCAAGUAGAAGUAUUAAUCAGAGGAAAACAGCAAACAGAAGGCACCCUUCAUAGCUUGAAGCGACAAGUUGAUGCACUGGAUAACCUAGUCAGCAGUACUACUUCAGAGUCACUGUUUCUAGCCCAAAGCUCAUCAAGUCUCUCUCUUCGUGAUGCUCUGAAUUUAACAAAAACACAGGCUGCUCUGACAGGACUUAUUCACUCUCGUAGUAGGCGAGCAGGUAUUUCAGUGGCAUCUCAAACACUGCAAUCUUAUUCACAAGAAAUUUCUCAGUAGAGCACAGAGAAGUGCUGAUCUGCACAUGCAACUGUACUCCUUGGAGCUGUGCCAUCUUUCUACCACCUUUGAAGACUUCUACCUCGCUUUCUGGCCAACAAACAGCUGACUACAGGAUCUACUUAAUACUGUGAAGUUCAUAUAUGAUUAACUGAGCUUUACCUAUAAAGACAUUUCUCUUAUCUGGGGUACUCUGAACUCCCUCUUUUUAAAAAGAGAGUUAACUAUUGCUAUUUAAAUGUUCAUAUUUUUGGUCAGUUUUCACUUUGUAAGGAAAACUUGUAAUAAUGACAAAAGGGACAACUUUGUCAAAUACAUGAAUGCUUUAAAUACAGUUAUUUUACAUUAUUUUCUUAAAUAAACUUCAGUGACUUUUUUUUUAUGGUUCUCAUUUAUACUCAUAAUGCUAGGUGAGCCUACAGCGUUAUAGCAGCCUAAGCAGCAGCUCUAAGAAACUGCCCCCCCUCAAACUACAGCAUAAGUAAACAGAUCCAGAGAAUUACCAGCAGAUUAUUUCUGAGAGCAAAUAACACAAUCCACUAGUUUUAUCUAGAUACAGGUACUUUAUUUACAAAUAUUUAGAUUAAUAGCAUUGUUACAUCAAAUGAGGAGUACAGCAGUCCAAACAAAUCCUUUCUGUGACAGAAAUAAGACCUACUGUAACUUUUUUUGGGAAUAAAGGUAUUGCACCUUAAACAAGCUGUAGUCAUUAGAGAAUGUUUGCUGUACCCAAAUUUCAUUCCAGCAGCAGGUCAUGGUCCCUGGGCAAACCCUUUGUGGUGCAACCUUCUUUUAAGCAGGAUGCAUUAGCUAUAGAUCUUGGAAA